UCGUGCGUGGCAAAAGUGGAAUGCCGAAAGGGUUUCUCCAAAACCCUCUCCAACAAAAUCGCAACCGCCGGCGAGGAUCGGCGCCGCCAUGUCCCAGAUCCUCCGCCACCGCCUGUCGGCUCACUACCACGGAGUCUGCGGCCACUGCUGCCGCCGCCUCAGCUCCGCCGUCUACGGCGGCGGCGGGAGUCGCCGCGCCGUCGCCGCGCCGCCGCAGGACGGCGAGGGCAGCCGAGCGGUGAGGGUGUCUGUGUGGUGGGACUUCGAGAACUGCCACAUCCCCAACGGCGUCAACGUCCACCGCGUUGCCCCGCGCGUUUCCGCCGCCCUCCGCGCCGCCGGCAUCCGCGGGCCGCUCUCCAUCACCGCCUUCGGGGACGUGCUGCAGCUCGCGCGCUCCUCCCAGGAGGCGCUCGCCGCCACGGGCGUCUCCAUCUCCCACGUCCCAAGCAGUGGGAAGAAUAGUUCUGACCGCUCUUUUAUGGCUGAUCUUGUCUACUGGAUUGCUCAGAAUCCGCCACCAGUUCAUUUUUUCCUUAUAUCUGGCGAUAGAGAUUUUGCAAACAUCUUGCAUCGGUUGAGAAUGAGCAACUACAAUGUACUGCUUGCUUGUCCUAGUAGUGCUACCAGUGUACUGUGCAGUGCAGCAACAAUCAUGUGGCCUUGGGAAGGCUUAGUUAGAGGAGAGGAUUUGUCACCAAAACGUUUUAACAACCCGCCGGAUGGUUUACAUGGAUCUUGGUAUGGUCACUACCGAGGAGCCCUUGACGACCCCCCCCUGGAGAAGGAAUCAGAGGAACCCAUCAAGGUAGCAUCUGUUCCGAAGCAGUUUUCAGUACCAUCUAAUACCAAGCACUGCCCAGUUCCCAAACAUGUAAAAAAUGCAAUUCUGGAGGUACUACGUUCAUAUCCUGAAGGGGUGAACAUCUCACUCCUCCGAAAUCAGCUUGUAAAGAACAAAAUUGAUCUGGGUACAAAUUUCUUUGGCCACAAGAAAUUCUCUUCCUUUCUUGAAUCAAUGCCACAUGUUGUUAAAUUAUUAGGUUCUCGAUUAGGUGAAAACGAACUAUAUGCAAUUGCUGCCAACAAAAAAUUUCUGCAGCCUGGUGAUGGGGCUCUUGAUGACCCCUUCCUGGAGAAGGGAGCAGAGGAACCCAUCAAGGUAUCAUCUGAUUCCCAGCAUUGUUCAGUACCAUCUGAUACCAAGUCUAGUUCAAUCCCUAAAUAUGUAACAGAUGCAAUUCUGGAGGCGCUAUGUUCAUAUCCUGAAGGGAUCAACCUUUCACUACUCCAGGAAGAGCUUGCGAAGAAAAAAAUUUGUCUUGGUCCAGAUUUUUUUGGCCACAAGGAUUUCUCUUGCCUUAUACAAUCAAUACCAGAUAUUGUUGAAUUAGUAUGUCCUCAAACUGGUGGACAACUAUAUGCAAUUGCUGUCAACAGAAGAUCACUGCAGCCUGGUGACGGAAGUACUAAGACCCUUAGCUCAGCUCAAGGUAAUGCCAGGGAGAAUAACCCAACUGGAACAGCUCACAGUAAUAAGAAGAAUACACUAAGUUCUCUUCGAAGCAUUUACAAGAGCAGAAGCUUCACAGAGACACUAAGUGAACAUCCACCUACAUUUUCUGUCUUACCUUCCCCGUCAAAUGGGCUAUCUGAGGACCAAACUGAGUGCCCAGUGGUGGAUGUGAAUGGGUCGACAGAGUCACCAGCAAAGCACAGGGAAGUUGGUGAAAUGACUACCCCUGGAACUCCCUCUUCCUCAGGGGUGGAAAAUGCUGCUAAUGAAUAUGGCUUCUUUAAAAGGAUCUGGACAAUGUGGAAUGGUCCCAAGAAUGUUAAGUCUGAGGUUUCUCAAAAUUGUGAAAGCACUUCUGCUGAAGUGAUUGAUGAUUUGCAGGUUUCUCAGAAUUGUGAAAGCACUUUUGCUAAAGUGAUUGAUGAUUUGCGAACUCCUUUGGAAGAGUAUAAUGGUGAUCACCGUAUAAAGCUUUUGAGGAGGAUACAUGAAACCUCUUCCAAAAAUGAUCGCUCAGAUGGUACUGAGGGCAUGUUAGCAGUAAGUGAUAAUUUAUCGAUUUCAUUAGGUGAUGAUCAUUCUGAAAAAAUAAAGAGAGAUCCAUCAAUUCCUGAAAACCCAGAACCAUGCAGAAAACCUGCUGCUGUUUCCAUGAUUAAAUCUGGAAAAAAGGAUGAUAUUUCUGAAAUGAAUAGGGGCAUGUUUAACUGGGCUUCAAGGUGGUGGCCAUUUGGGAAAUCAGAUGCAGAUAGUAGUACAACCAACAUAAAUGCCACUGAUGAACCGAGGACUGACUCUAUUGAAGAAUUUGAAUCUUCAAACGCUCCAACUAAUGGAAGUGCACAACAGGUGGUUCAUGAAAUAUUUACAAAGCCUGACUUGUGGUCUGUUUUGGAGCAACAGUUAUCAGAACCUCUUGGGUCUGAGGUUGUUUUGAAAGCAAAGACAAGGCAGGAAUUGGCACACAGAUUGCAGAAGUUAAAUUGCUGGCCUUUGAAAGGCCUCCUUGAUAAAGACCUGCAUCACCUGGUACAUCUGUUAAUUUCUGAAAAGAAAUGGAUUGAAGAAACUUCUUCCAGAAUUUUCCCUUUCCGUCUUACCCUCCCUCGCAAGAGAAGAUGUGUCCCAUCAAGUUCCAGCAAAUCCAACGGCCUCAGUUACAUUUUUUCAAGUGGGAAGCCACAAAAGGGCAGAUACGUUGACAAUAACAGUAGGAAAAGCAGGUCCCUCACUAGAGAGGAGAUACUAUCAGAUUGUCACAAGCUGGUGAAGGAGCUUCUUUCUGAGCAUGAAUAUGGAUUCAACAUCGGAAUUUUCAAACGCCGUUUUUCCCAGGAGUAUGGAUACGAGCUCGAACACCGGAAGCUCGGGUAUCUGGACCUUGAAACGCUGCUGCAUAUUAUGCCUGAUGUAAGGGUGAAAUUCCCAAGGGUCAUGCGCUCAGAACACGGGAACGGGCAGGCUGGCAGCAAGGGAGACGGAAACCGAAGCAGCGGCGAUGACUUGAUCUGGGAGGAGCUUGGUCCUGUAUCUGCCACAACUGAAACCGCCGCCGCCGCCGCUGAUGCAGGGGCCGACAAGGAAACAUGCUAUCGUCCUCCCACUCCUUCAGACGACGAGUUCUCGGACAGCGACAGCAUAAAAGACCGGCAGCCUAGAAGGAACGCCGAGCAGCAGAGCUCGCUUCUCCAGAUCAUUGGAGCUUGGAACAGCAGCAAGGGUGGCGACGUCUCUAGCAACAAGCCUCAGGACAUCGACGGGUUGGUGGACUGUUCGAGAAGCAGCCCGGGCAGUGCUGGCACCAGCGCAGCUUCAGGAAAGGUGCAGACGUCGUCUCCGAAGCUACCGCACAAGCAGUACUCCUUCGUGUCGGACUCCGGAGAGGAGAGCGAUCCGGAUAAGCUGGUGGAGAGCGUCUUGGACAGCCUGCAGAAAGCACGGGGCGGCUCGAAGCUGCACAACUGAGCGUCUGCUGCCAUCGAAUUAUUGUUUUUGCAACCUAACGAGUCGUGCUUAUGGUGGUGGCCAUGGCUGACUGUCAAGGACAGCGGCGCCUGCAAGCAUCAGCCGGAGAGACUGGUGAAUAAAGCUCGUCUUUUACUUGGACUAGGCCGUAGUACAAUCGGAACAGUCCUUGGUAAUUGGUAUGUUAACAUUGGCUAGAGACCGCCUCCCAUUUCUGUUUCUUGUUUCUUUCUUUUCAUGCAGGAUGGUUGUCCGCCCAAUCUACACGCUCAUUUUCUUAACAAAUUGGUUAACACGGCGGGGCUUAGACGGUCGUUCGUCACCAGUGUUGGUAUUCCAAGCCCAAUCUUUUUUUUGCUUGUAGUAUAGUAAACAUAAAAUGACAUGGCACAUGCUGGUGUCUAGAGUAUUGCUGUUUCUGGAGUCCCAAGCAUUCAUGUGAUGGCACAUUGGAAUGCCAGUUGUACUGCAAUAGUGCCAAUGAAUCCUAUCUAACACUAGACCUGGU